AUGAGCUUGUUGAGAAUUAUUUAUUUGCCUAUAUUCAGCAUUUGUGCAUUUGCACAAGAUGGGCAGGAGCUCAUAUCAUGCCUUGAACAAAAGGGCAUAACAAACUUGACGACUUCUACUUCUUCCUCCACAUUCGAUUCUCUGUUGCGAUUCUCAUUGCAGAACCUGAGGUAUACAGAACCAGGAGUGCACAAGCCAUACGUGUUGAUUCUGCAGCAGGAAAGAGAACAAGUGGUCAAUUCGGUGCGAUGCCACAUCAAAAAUGGUUGGCAGAUUGUUGUGCGCAGUGGAGGGCAUAGCUACGAAGCGCUCUCCUCUACUUUCGAUGCCUCCAAUUUUGCUAUCAUUGAACUCAUCAAUUUCAACCAUGUUACAAUUGACAUGAAGUCCAAAACAACGUGGGUAGAUGCAGGCGCAAUGGUGGGACAGUUAUACUCAGCCAUUGCAUGCAGUACUGCAGACUACGGCUUCCCUGCGGGAGUGUGCCCCACCAUGGGCACCAGCAGACAUUUCAGCGGAUGA